GUGCUUUGAAUUAAAUGAAACUAAACUAGUGGGUGGGACAUUUCCAUUUUUCAUACUGCUAAUAUUAGUGUUGUCACUGUUCAAAGCUUCUCUUGCCACGUGACAAAACCAGAAAAGCAGCCGGAAAAGAAGGAGGAAGAAAGCACGGAAAGAGGGAAGAAAUCUCUGCAGCCAUGGAUGGAUUUCCAGGAGAUGAUUUGGGUCAGUUAGAUUUCAGCUGUCCUUUAGUACAAGACUCAGAUCCUGUUCCACCAUAUAUGCACAUAGGUCAUGGGGGACAAAGACAUAGAUACAGAGAGGGCAUGUUUCCAUCACCUCUCUACUUGCCAGAUUACUCAUCUGACUUAGGCAUGGACCCUGGUUUUCAUGGAAAUAGAGGAAUGGGUCCAUCAUUUGAUUCUAUUGGGCCAACUCCCGGCUUUGGCUAUGGUCUGGAUGCCUCUAUGAGAAGUACUCUUGGGUCAGCUGGGAGCAUGCAUGGCAGUGUAUCCAGCUUUGUGACCAAACCACGCUUUGAAGAUAAGACUGUGCCUAGGAAGGUUGGUCCUCCAUUAAUGCCUCCUCAUCUUAUUCAGCCUAAUGAAGAUGAUAAUGCACAGAAAGUCAUGAAUGCUAUCCGCCAUUUUGAAAAGCGAUAUAAAGAGCGGGAUAAUAAAAGAGACAUUUAUAACAGAUCAUCAGAUCAAACUAUUUCUCAGCAUCCACCCAAAAGAAUACCCUUUCCUGAAGAAGUUGGCUGUGGUUCAGGACAAACUAUAAAUGAUGCUCCAAGUGGAUUAGGUACAAAUCAAAUAGAAAACAGGCAUCAAAUAGUAGAUCAAGUCCCAGCAUCAGAGAAUUGGCCAAGAAAAACAGAAAUGGACAUGGAGACAGCUGGUGGCUUGGACAAAUCUUAUAGGUCAGACAGAGGAGAAGAAAACUUAGAGUUUUCACAUAAGAAAAAUGAAUCAAAGAAAGAAAAGAACACUAAUGAUAAACAGUCUGAUGAGGAAUAUAGUAAUUAUAGUGAUUCAGAUUCAGGAGGAGAAAGUGCACAGGAGGAAGUGAACCAAGAAGAUGAAAAAACACAAUCCUCAGAAACAAAAAAUCCUUCACAAAUCCAAGAGCCUGCAAAUGAUAGCAGUGACAGCAUGGUUAUUAAGAAAUCCCCAACUAAAAUACUGAAACCAUUCAAGAAGCGUGAGGCCCAUUACAAACGCAAACUGUCUUCUUCUGAACAAAAGGAGCAAGAAGAUGAGCUUGAUGAUUUAAUGGUUAUGUCCAGCUUGCCUAUUGACAGAAUGGAAGUAAAUGUUCAGAUAUCGGAUGAUCAGCUUGUGACCAUGGGUGACCAAAAACGUUGGAAGUGUAACAUGUGUGAAAAAACUUAUACCACAAAACAUAACCUUGUAACUCAUGUCCUAGGACACAAUGGCAUCAAACCACAUUGCUGUUUAGUAUGUGGACGUCUCUUUAAACAACUAAGUCACUUACAUACCCACAUGUUGACUCACACAAAUUCCAGACCUCAUAGCUGUGAGAAGUGUGGAAAGUCUUUCACUCAAGUAAGCCAUCUGAAGCGCCAUAUGGCAACCCACAUGGACACUAAACCUCAUCAGUGUGAUCAUUGUGGUAGAGGAUUUGCCUAUCCUAGCGAGCUAAGAAUACACAUAGAGCAUCAGCACAUUAAUAAGCCAAAAAAAGAAGAACCUGGAAAUGCAUCAGGAACAGAUGAAGACUCAAAGGAUCCCAGUCCAGGAAAAAAGAGAGGUAUUAAGAUGGAUCAUAAGUGCACUGAAUGUGACAGAGUUUUCCAUUACCCCAGCCAGUUGCGGGACCAUAUGCUGAAGCAUUCUGGAAAAAGGCCUUUCAUUUGUAAAGAGUGUGGAAUGGAUUUUAUGAAGGAGCAUCACUUGAAAGCACAUCAAUUUACUCACAGUGGUCUAAAACCACACAAAUGUCCAGUCUGUGACAGGGCAUUUAAUCAGAAAGCCAACAUGGUUCGUCAUCAGCUUCUUCAUGACCAAGACCGCAAAUUUAAAUGUGACAAAUGUGAUCGGAUGUUCUCGCAGCCGCAAACACUCAAAGCUCAUCAGGUGGUUCAUGCUGAUGAAAAGCCUUUUAAGUGCAAUGUUUGUGGAAAGCAGUUUGGAAGAGUUCAUAACUUACAGGGUCAUAUGUACAUGCAUGAAGGGAACAAGCCACAUGUCUGCUUUUGUGGAAGUUCUUUUACAAUGAAAGGAAACUUACACAGGCAUCAAAAGGGAAAGCAUGGAAUGAAGAUUCCAGAUACAGAGACAUGUACUCCAGAAGAAGCUGCCCUUAUUUUGUCAGAAAUGGGUGAAAAUGCCCAAAGCAGGAAAGAGCAAGAAGAUGAUGAAGAGAGUAACACUGGUGAUGCUCAAUCUCCUAACAGAGGGAAAAGAAAGAGCCGUAAACCUCGUAAAAAGAGAAAGGAGAGUCUAGAAGAAGAGGAUCUAGAGGAUGAAGAUUGGGGUGAAUAUGUUGGAGCAAAACUUCCAAGAAAACGUAGAGGCAGCCCUGAUAAAUCAGAUGGGAAGUGUUCAAAAUACUUUAAGGAGAAACGGUCUCAAAUUGAUAGUGCCAAAUCAGAUGAGGAUGACGAUGAAAGUACCUUUCAAAAAAAUGAAUCUCGACAUCGGUAUCAACAUAAAAAAGUUGACCUUGCUAAAAUCAUACAGAAGAAAUUAAGCAGGUCAAAUGAAGAUAGUGACUGAAAAUGAUUUCUGUAGUGUAAAAUGAAAGAAGUUGUGCUGUGAAAUGUUUAUGAAUUAAAAAAAUGCUGUUUUUCAAUUGCAGAUAAGGUGACAAAGUGUAGGAUUAUAAACACAUUAAGUGCAUUACCCACGUUGUACUUUUGAGGACAGGUAAUACUCUUUGAUCACAUUUCAACAGAUAAAAGCCACAAUUUAAUUUUGCAAAUAAUUAUCAAGUUUGGUGAAUCCUGAUGAAACUCAAUCAUUAGUUUUAUAUCUCACACAAUCCAAAUUUCUCAGAAUAUAACAAUAUGAAGGCAAGUGUCAGGAAAAUAGGAUCAAAGGUGCUUUAGGCAGAGGAAAAUACUCGUUACUGCCGAGAAUUUUUUUUUUACGAAAACCCUACACUGUGUACCUUAAAUGCUAGCUUGGUGCUUUUGUAACAAGGACGGUAUUGAUAUGUAAUAGACUUUACAUGUUACAACUUAGAUUGAAUCAAAAAAUAUUUGUCUGUUAUUGGUCAUGUUGAGGUGUAAUGAAAAAGCUUGUGCAUGACAUUUGGACAAAUAUUCUGUCAGAUGUUCAUCCACUAAAAUUGCAUCAUGAGCAAAUGAAUGUUGCCAUUACAUUUUCCUUUCAAAUACAUAUUUUGUGAGAUUAA